AUGCCACAGAAUGAGUAUAUUGAAGAAUCGAUCAGGCGACAUGGGCGUCGAUUAGACUAUGAAGAACGGAAACGAAAGCGGGCUGCCCGUGAAGCACACAGUGCUGCCACAUUUGCCAAGACUGUACAUGGGCUUCGUGCUAAAUUAUACAACAAGAAGCGUCAUGCAGAAAAGAUACAAAUGAAAAAGACAAUCAAACAACAUGAAGAAAAGCAAGCUACAAAGAAGGACGCAGAGGCCGUCCCUGAAGGAGCUGUUCCAACAUAUCUACUUGAUCGUGAAGGUCAGCAGAGAGCAAAGAUAUUGUCCAACAUGAUUAAACAAAAGAGAAAGGAGAAAGCUGGAAAAUGGACCGUUCCUCUACCAAAAGUGCGGGGUAUUACAGAAGACGAAAUGUUUAAAGUAAUAAAGACUGGCAAACACAAAACAAAACAAUGGAAACGAAUGAUCACUAAACCUACAUUCGUCGGAGAGGGAUUUACGCGUAAACCUCCGAAAUACGAGCGAUUCAUAAGGCCAAUGGCGCUGAGAUACAAAAAGGCAAACGUCACACAUCCCGAGCUCAAGGCCACGUUUUGUCUACCGAUAAUCUCCGUAAAGAAGAAUCCACAGAGUCCUUUGUAUACGUCAUUAGGCGUUUUAACUAGGGGAACGGUGAUAGAGGUCAAUGUCUCUGAACUCGGGCUUGUUACUACGUCAGGAAAAGUGGUGUGGGGGAAAUACGCUCAAAUCACAAAUAAUCCCGAAAACGAUGGAUGUAUCAAUGCCGUCUUGCUCGUCUAA